AUGAAGCGUCAUUUGUUCCUGGCUCUGGCGCUCGUCGCCGUUCUCUCAUGUCUUUCUACCGGCGCAACCGAAGCUCCGGCUGCUGCUGAAGCAGUUGAAGGGGAAUCUGACGUUCUUGUUAUGACAAAAGCAAACUUUGAUGAAACUUUGAGCAAUAAUGAAGUCGUUCUGGUUAAGUUCUACGCCCCAUGGUGCGGUCACUGCAAGCGCAUGGCUCCAGAAUACGCAUCUGCUGCAAAGAUCUUGAAGGAGAAAGGCAGCAAGGUCGUUUUGGGUAAAGUUGAUGCGACAGCGGAGACCGACUUGGCAGACAAGAACGAAAUAAACGAAUUCCCCACUCUCACCCUGUUCAGAAAUAAGAAGCCUGAGCAGUACACGGGUGGCCGAUCCGCCGAUGCGAUCGUGCAGUGGAUUGAGAUGAUGACUGGCCCUGCAGUGACAGAGAUCGAGGGUGACGUGAAGGACGAGGUUACUAAAGAUUCUCCAGUAGCAUUCUAUGGCGAAUUCAGCUCGAAGCAGUCUGACGCUGCAAAGAUCUUCGAGACCGUCGCCAACGAGUCUCGUCAGCUUGGCAAGUUCUACGCAAAGUACACUGGCGAAGACAAGAUUUCGGCGGUUAGAUACGAGGAGGGGGCUUACCCGUUCGAGGGCAAAACAAGUGACGAGUUCAAAGCUUUCGUGGAAUCCGAGUCUUUCCCUCUCUUCGGCCCUAUCAACGGCGAGAAUUUCCGCAAGUAUGUUCAGAGGGAUGCGUCUCUUGUAUGGUUUUGCGGAACGGAGAAAGACUUCGAUGCACACAAAGCGUCUAUUCGGGAAGCCGCGAAGGAGAGCCGAAACGUCUACUACUUCGUGUGGCUCGACACCGAUACGUUCAAGGGCCAUGCCGAAGGCGCACUUGGCGUGACUGAGUUCCCCAGCCUCGUUGCACAGACGAAGAAGGGUCGCUUUAUCCUCGAAGAGCCAUCUACCACCAUGAAGGAUUCAGCGAAAGUAGCGCAGUUCUUGAAAGAUGUGACUGACGGGAAGGUUGAGCGCUCUCUUAAGUCCGACCCGAUCCCCGAGACGAACGACGAGGCCGUCAAGGUGGUUGUGGGGAAGACUUUCGAGCAAAUGGUCCUUUCGGAAGAAAAGGAUGUUUUCCUUGAGGUGUAUGCACCGUGGUGCGGCUACUGCAAGAGCUUUGAGCCCAUCUACAAGGAAUUCGCGGAGAAGAUCAAGGAUAACGAGAAUGUUGUCGUCGCAAAGAUGGACGGCAUCACGAAUGAGGCGCCUCUGGACGCCUUCGACUGGAAGAGUUUCCCCACAAUUUACUUCGUGAAGGCUGGUGAGAAGACCCCAAUGAAGUACGAGGGAUCUCGCACAGUCGACGGCCUCAUGGAAUUCCUGGAGAAGAACGCCUCCAAGCCUAUUGCGAAGAAGGCAGACAAGGGAGAAGAGCUUUAG